CGUAAGCCCCACAACUGCCUAUUCACUUACUCUUAUAUUUCUCUCUCUCUAUCUCUCUUGAUGCGCCUACCUUUCCUCGCUCCAAACCCAAGCAAAACCCCACUAUUCCAUCUCAUCUUGCUCUCUCACUCGCUCCGAUCCAACUCUAUCAACUUGCCCAGACGUUUCUCAACUCGGAGAUCGUCACUUCCUAGAAUGGCGAUCCCUCCUAAGCUAGUAUCCUCUUCCUCUUCUUCUUUCCCUACUACUGCUAGAGGAAGCAGCGAGGAAGGUCUCGCUAAUAAAUUGUGGAUCAAGUUCCGCCGAGAAUCGAUUUUCGCUAUGUACACUCCCUUCGUCGUUUGUUUGGCUGCUGGAAACCUUAAGAUUGAGACUUUUAGGCAUUGCAUCUCCCAAGAUUUUCACUUCCUCAAAGCCUUCGCCCAUGCGUAUAAAUUGGCAGAAGAGUGUGCUGAUGAUGAUGAUGCAAAGCUAGCUAUCACCAAGUUGAGGAAGGGGGUCUUAGAGGAGCUAAAGAUGCACAAUUCAUUUGUACUGGAAUGGGGUAUAGACCCUUCUAAAGAGGAGACUAUCAAUUCUGCAACUGUAAGAUACACAGAUUUCUUGUUGGCUACAGCCUCUGGGAAGGUCGAAGGAGUUGAAGGUCCUGAUAAACAUGCAACUCCUUUUGAAAGAACCAAAGUUGCAGCUUAUACUCUUGGUGCCAUGACACCUUGCAUGCGGCUUUACGCUUUUCUAGCUAAGGAGUUUCAAGCACUUGUAGAUUCAGAGGAUGGUAGUCAUCCUUACAAGAAGUGGAUUGACAAUUACUCAUCUGAGGGUAUUGAGGCAUCAGCUCUGCAAACUGAAGACUUGCUGGAUAACCUUAGUAUCCCUUUGACAAGCGAAGAGCUUGACAUCAUUGAAAAGCUUUAUCACCAAGCCAUGAAACUUGAAAUAGAGUUCUUCAAUGUGCAGCCACUUUCUCAGUCCACUGUCGUUCCUCUAACAAAAGAGCAUAAACCUGUAGAAGAUCGCCUUGUGAUAUUUUCUGAUUUUGAUUUGACAUGCACCAUUUUUUAUUCCUCUGCCAUUUUGGCAGAGAUUGCAAUUGUAAUGGCACCAAAAUCUGAUCAGGCUCAACCGGAGAAUCAAAUUGCUAGGAUGUCAUCAGCUGAGCUGAGGAAAGCUUGGGUUCUUCUCUCUGGACAGUAUACAGAAGAGUAUGAACAAUGCAUUGAAAGCAUUCUGCCCCCUGAAAAAGUGGAGUUCAACUAUGAAGUUCUGUGUAAAGCACUCGAGCAACUUUCAGACUUUGAGCGAAAGGCAAAUGCUAGAGUGGUUGAAUCUGGAGUUCUCAAGGGUCUGAAUCUUGAAGACAUAAAAAGAGCUGGUGAACGACUGAUUCUUCAAGAUGGCUGCACCAGUUUUUUUCAGAAAAUUGUGAAGAAUGAAAAUUUGAAUGCUAAUAUACAUGUGGUCUCAAAUUGUCGGUGUGCUGAUCUCAUCAGAUCUGCUUUCUCAUCAGAAAUAUUUUUUUCGCUAGAGAAGGGAGAAAUAAAGAUGGGCAGAGUUCUUGAUGCAGAUGAUGGUGGGUUUUUCGAUAGAAUGGUGGCUGCGAUCAAGUUAGUGGACGAAAGUAUUCUGACUGCUUUUAUGCAAAAAGUAAGAGCUGAAGCCAUAAUCAAGCAUGAUGACCGACUUGCUGCAUAUGUGCCCAAGAAAAGCAGGGGCCAUAGACAACGCUUAGACAUAAAACCACAUUCUCAUUCAUCUUUAUUUCUUCAUGUGAAGUCUUCUAGAAGCAUGAACGAGAACAAGAAAAGGGUUAGUGGCAAGUGAUGCUUUCGAAGUGGUAACAGUCAUGAAGAUGAACAUAGGAAAAAGAAAUUGCUGAAGAGAUCAAGGCCUGACAGAAUCAAUUUUGCAAAUUUUGGUUUGGAGACACCUACUGACAUGCCUGAGGAAUGGUGGCAUAAAAUUCAAGCAAAAGGAGGCAUUGAUGUAAAGUUGGUGAUAAUGAAACAGAUGUUUGCCAGUGAUUUGAGUACUCACCACGAUUGCUUCUCAAUCCCUUUUAAGCAGAUAAGAGAUUUCAGUUUUCUUACAGAGGAUGAGAAGAGAAAGUUAAAGGAGCCCAAGGAGAAAAUGCCAGUUACACUCAUGGAACCUUGUGGUUCAGAGUCUAAGAUGUGGCUAAGGCAAUGGAAUUUGAAAAGUAGCAGUACCUAUGUGUUGACAUCUAGUUGGAAGAAAGUCAUAGAGAGGAAUCAUAAGGGAAGUUCAAACAAAACGACAUGGUGCAGCUGUGGUCUUUUAGGCACAAUGGAGAUCUCUAGUUGGCACUGUUUAAGGUUGAGGAGCUGUAGUGGCAAUAAAGGGGAGAAUGGCGAUGGUGCACAAGUCAUAGUAAUAUGUUGGACCUGGAACUACAAUCAUAAUUUGCUAGUUUAAUUAGAGUUGGAGUGAUGUAUUCAUAGUACACAAUUAUUUCUUUUGUCUUCUUCCUUGCUAGUUAUAUUAAAUUUCUGCAACUAAACAUCUUUGAUGUAAUUGAUAUGCUACUAUAUUUCAUAGAUUCAUCACCAUGUUCAAUUAUUCCAUGGACAAA